GCGCUAAGUUUUUAAACUACGUGCAUUUUCAAACGAAAUGUAAGCUGUAUAACCCCGGAACACGACACAGUCACGACUAAUACCCCUGAAAAAGUUAGUCGAGACUGGCCAACAUGGGUGACGACUCUGAGUGGAUGAAGUUGCCUGUAAACCAGAAAUGCGAACACAAGGUGUGGAAGGCCAGACUUCACGGGUACGAGGAGGCCAUAAAACUGUUCCGGGGGAUAGAUGGCGAGAAGAGCCCGGAGUGGGACAAGUUCCAGCCUCUCAUAGUGAAGUUUGUGACGGACUCAAACGCUGUGGCCCAGCUGAAGGGACUGGAGGCGGCGCUGGUUUACGUAGAAAACGCUCACGUAGCUGCGAGGACUGCAGGGGAGGUGGUGAGUGGAGUGGUCUGCAAGGUGUUUAACCAGCCCAAGGCCCGGGCCAGGGAGCUGGGAACAGACAUCUGCCUCAUGUACGUCGAAAAAGAAAAGGCAGAAGCUGUCCAGGAGAAUCUAAUCAAAGGUCUCGAGAACAAAAACCCCAAGAUGGUGUGUGGCUGUGUGGAGACACUGCACAGAGCCCUGAGUGAGUUUGGGUGCAAGACGGUGGGCCUGAAGGCUGUGGUGAAGGCACUGCCCCGGCUGUUUGAGUCCAGAGAGAAGGCAGUGCGCGAUGUGGCACGCGGGCUGGCGGUGGAGGUGUACCGCUGGAUGGGGGGCGCGCUGCGGCCCGCCCUGCAGGGGGUCAGCCCGGUGCUGCUCCAGGGGCUGGAGGAUGAGUGGGCCAGGCUGCCGGGGGCGCCCGCCACACAGACGCGCUUCCUGCGAUCCCAGCAGCACCUCCGGGACACGGCGCUCCAGCAGCACCAGCAGGCUGAGGCAGGGCCCCACCAGGCCCACGGUGUGGGGACAGGACAGUGUGUCCCUGACGUUGACCCCUUCGAGCUCCUGGAGCCAGUAGAGAUCCUCUCCAAGCUGCCCAAAGACUUUCACGACAAGAUAGAAGCCAAGAAGUGGCAAGACAGGAAGGAAGCACUGGAGGCCUUGGCAGGGCUGGUUAAGAGCCCCAGGCUGGAGGUCGGAGACUAUGGGGAUGUGGUGCGAGCGCUGAAGAAGGUCAUUGCUAAGGAUACAAACGUCAUGCUGGUCGCUCUGGCGGUGAAAUGUGUCUCUGGUCUGGCCUCCGGGCUGAGGAAGAAGUUCAGCACCUAUGCUGGCCAUGUGGUGCUGACGGUGCUGGAGAAGUUUAAGGAGAAGAAGCCUCAAGUGGUCCAGGCUCUGCAGGAGGCCAUGGACGCCAUCUUCCUCACGACCUCUCUCCAGAGUCUGAGUGAGGACGUUCUGGUUGUGAUGGACAACAAGAACCCUUCAGUGAAGCAGCAGGCGUCUCUGUUCCUGGCCAGAAGCUUCCGUGCCUCCAGCCCCUCCUCCCUCCCCAAGAGCCUCCUCAAGCCGCUCUUCGCUGCUCUGAUCAAGCAUGUGAACGACUCUGCUCCUGAGGUGAGGGACGCUGCCUUCGAUGCCCUGGGCAGCGCCAUGCGUGUGGUGGGGGAACGGGUGGUCAACCCCUUCCUGGCAGACCUGGACAAACUGAAAGUAGACAAGAUCAAAGAAAGUGCUGCGUCCUCUGGAGGGGGGGAGGAGGAGGAGGAGAAGUCUGUCACCAAGACCCAGCCCCCCGCUGGGGUCCCUGCCAAGACAGCACAGCCCUCCAACAAGGCAGCUGAGGUGUGGCCCGCUGGGGGUCCUAGGAAGGCCAAGCCAGGAGGAGCAGGGAAGGGGAGGAAGCCGCCUGUGCCCAGGGAGCCGGCUGUGCCCAGGGGCCUGCAGGAGUCUGAGCUCUCCCUGGAGGAGUGUGAGGAGCGGGCCACAGCAGUACUUCCUGCUUCCUGUGUACAGCUGCUGGGCAGCACCAACUGGAAGGAGCGUCUAGCCAGCAUGGAGGACUACCUCCAGGCUGUGGAGCAGAUGGACAGCAGCCAGAUGCCCUGCCAAGCACUGGUCCGCAUGUUGGCCAGGAAACCCGGCUGGAAGGAGACUAACUUCCAGGUGAUGCAGCUGAAGUUGCGGGUGGUGGAGGUGGUGGCGCGGCGGGGCAGCUUCUCGCGGGUGGCUGCAGGGGCGGUGCUGGCCGUGCUGGUGGAGCGUCUGGGAGACGGGAAGUGUGGAGGUUCUGCUAGGGAGGCGCUCAGCUCUGUAGCAGAGGCCUGCAGCCUGGCCUGGACCGCAGAACAGGUCGUGUCGAUGGCGUUUGCCCAGAAGAACCCUAAGAACCAGUGUGAAGCUCUGAGCUGGCUGGCUGGCGCCAUGAAGGAGUUUGGGUUUGCAGGGAUCAAUGUUCAGACCUUCAUCGUCCACAUCAAGACAGCAUUAGGAGCCACUAACCCAGCUGUGAGGACGGGGGCCGUGGCCCUGCUGGGGGUGGUGUUCCUGUAUGUGGGCCCUCCCUUGAGGCUCUUCUUCCAGGAAGAGAAGGCAGCGCUCCUCUCCCAGAUAGACACAGAGUUCCAGAAGAUGCAGGGCCAGACUCCCCCAGCUCCUUCCAGAGGUGCCCCCAAGAGGCCUGGAGGUCAGGAAGAGGAGGAGCAGCAGGAGGAGGAGCAGCAGGAGGAGGGAGGUGCUGGGGUGGUGGUGGACCUCCUCCCUCGUACAGACAUCAGUGGUCAGAUCUCUGCAGCCAUGAUGUCCAAGAUGGCCGACAAGAACUGGAAGGUCCGUAAGGAGGGUCUGGACGAGGUGGCCUCUGUGAUCUCAGAGGCCAAGCUCAUCCUGCCCAGUCUGGGGGAUCUGCCCGCGGCUCUGAGGGCCAGGCUGACGGACUCCAACAAGAUCCUGGUCCAGCAGACUCUGUCCAUCAUGCAGCAGAUGGCCUCUGCCAUGGGCCCCGCCCUCAAACAGCACAUCAAGACCCUGGGAACCCCUGCCAUUACUGUCCUGGGAGACAGCAAGAUGGGCGUGCGUGCCGCGGCGCGGGCCACGCUGAGCAGCUGGGAGGAGCAGACAGGCUUCAGGGCGUGGCUGGAGGGGGAGGAGCUAGCUGCAGAGCUGGGGAGGGAAAACCCCUUCCUCCGCCAAGAGGUACUGGGCUGGCUGGCUGCCAGUCUGCCCGCCCUGCGCUCCGCGCCCCCUGACCUCCAGCUGUGCGUGCCCGCCCUGUAUUCCUGUGCGGAGGACAGGAACCCAGACGUGAGGAAGCGGGCUCAGGAGGCUCUUCCUGCCUUCAUCACUCACCUGGGCUUCGACAGGAUGAACAAGGCUGCCGCCAAGCUCAAGCCAGCCUCCAGAGACCAGGUGGUGGCUCUUCUGGAGAAGGCCAGAGUUUUCAUGCCAGCAAAGGCUCCCCCAGCCAAGCCUACUGCCCCCCCUCCCCCAGCCAGGCCUGCAGCUACCAGACCCAGCCAGCCCUCCAGUGAGGAGCCAGAGCCCAGAGCAGAGCCCAGACCCAAAGCAGCCGGAAAGCCCAAGGUGCAUGCUGGGAAGAAGGCAGCAGGGAAGGCCAGGGAGGAGGAGGAGCAGGAGUGCUCAGGACCCAUCUUCAUCCUGCUGCCUGGGGGCAAGGAGCUCCGCGCCAGGGAUGAGAGAAACCUCAAGGUGCUGAAGUGGAACUUCCCCUCCCCUCGGGAGGAGUGCGUGGAGCAGCUGAAGGUUCAGAUGUCUCCCUGCGUGGCUCGCUGGAUGCUGGAGGAACUCUUCCACCAUGACUUCCAGCACCACAUCAGAGCCAUCAGCUGCAUGAUCGAGCACCUGGAGCAGGAGCAGGAGGCUGUGAUCUCCUGUCUGGACGUGCUCUUCAAGUGGUUCACCCUGAGGUUGUCUGAGACCAACAGCAGCGUGCUGAUGAAGGCAGUGGACUUCCUGAAGCUGCUGCUGCCCUGCCUGGCCCGCAUGGACUACCACCUCAACGAGCUCGAGGCCUCAGCCUUCAUACCCUACCUCAUCCUCAAGGUGGGGGAGUCUAAAGACGGGGUACGUAAGGAUGUACGGAGCAUACUGAGCAUGCUCUGUAAGGUCUACCCUGCCAGCAAGAUCUUCCCCUUCCUCAUGGAGGGAGCCCGCUCCAAGAACUCCAAACAGAGGGCUGAGUGCCUGGAGGAGCUGGGGUGUCUGGUGGAGCUGUAUGGUCUGACCGUGUGCCAGCCCAGCGCGCCGCGCUCUCUGAAGGAGAUCGCCGUGCACAUCAGUGACAGGGAUGCCUGCGUCCGCAACGCAGCCCUCAACACCAUGGUGGCGGUCUACAACGUCUGUGGAGAGCAGAUCUAUAAGCUGAUAGGACACCUGUCUGAUAAGGACAUGAGCAUGUUGGCGGAGAGGAUCAAGCGUUCCGCUAAGACCCCCCCUGUCCCCUCCUCUGCCCCGCCCCCGAAACACGGGGAGGACAAGGCCCCGCCCCCUCACCCCAACGCCAGUGUCCUACGCAAACCCAGCGAGCAGACAGCCAGCAAACUACGUCAGAUCCGGGCGCAGAGUGCUGAGCAGCAGACCCCCCCCCCCCCAGCAGAGUUCAGUCUGGACGUGCAUCUCCUGGAGCAGAGCGGCAGCCCUAUCAGAGAGAUGCCAGAACUGUACCAGCCAAGCCCUGACCUCCUGCAGACCCCCGCCAGCCUGCGGAGUUUCCUAUCCAGGCCCCGCCCCCUCCCUGUCUGCCAGGAGGAGCUCCGCCCCAGCCCCGCCCACAGCAUCAACCUGGUCAUCUCCCAAGUGGCGUCUGGAGACGUAAACACCAGCAUGCAGGCCCUAGAGCAGAUGCAGCAGGCCCUGCGAAGGCCCGGGGUGAUGGAGGGCCUGUCAGACCAGCUCCUGCUGGCCUGCUGUCUGCAGCUCCACCUGGCUCGCUCCUCUCAUCUGGCCAACCAGCGCACGCCUCGACCCCUGGUCACCCAGCUCUGCAGCCGCCUGCUGGACAGCAUGUUCAUGCUGCUGGGCGUGCCCUCCCUGGCAUGCGAGGUGUCGGUGGCGGUGCUGAGGGAGGUGGUGGAGGAGCUGCUGGCUGUGCUGCUGGACCCCAACGUGGCGCUGCUGGACCAGGGCAGCGUGCUGCUGGAAGCCAACCAGGUGCUGAGCCUGCUGCUGGAGAAGACCAACCACACCCGCAUCCUCAGCUCUCUGCUGGUGCUGAUGCAAGAGAGUUUGGAGUCCUCGUCGACCUCCAAGUUCUCUGAGCUGGUCAUGAAGUGUGUGUGGAGGAUGAUCAGGUUCCUCCCAGCCACGGUGGGAGACCUGGAUCUGGACCAGACCCUGCUGGCGCUCCAUAACUUCAUGAUGGUGUUCACCAGACAGCGUCUGCGAGCACUGACCUCUGACCUGCCCUACCGCACCCUCAAAACCCUGCUGCACACCCUGUACAAGUUUACUGGCCCCCAGAUCCUGGAGCACCUGAGCCUGGUGGAGGACAGGAGAGCAUCGGGUCUGGAGACUCACCUGAAGAUGCUGCUGUCAGCAGGACCCCGAGACGCCUCACUGUACAGGGAGAGACACGAGAACAUCCUGAAGAUCUUCAACAAGAUCACCUCCCAGGAGAACUGCACCCAGGGUCUAUCGGAGCUGGCUGUGUUCCGGCAGCACCAUGCAGAGGUGGACUUGACCCCCUACCUGAAGAGGGUGCCUGCCCCCCUCCAGACCCUCGUACAGCAAAGCCUCCACACACACACCAGCAAGAGGACGCCUGCUGCUGGUGGCCCCGCCCCCCAGCCCAGCGGAGGGGAGGAGCCUAAACCGUCUGAAUACCAGGAGAGUGCGCUCAGACUGCUGCAGGAGAGCAACAUCCAGGCCCCCCUGCCCUCCAAGGCCCCCCUGCCCUCCAAGGCCCCCCUGCCCUCCAAGGCCCCCCUGCCCUCCAAGGCCCCCCUGCCCUCCAAGGCCCCCCUGCCCUCCAAGGCCCCCCUGCCCUCCAAGGCCCCCCUGCCCUCCAUUUCCAUGCUCAGCCGGGCCCCCCAGCUCCCACCCCCCCACCAGAGCCGCCUGGAGCCAGCCGCCAGCAACCUGGACGACCUGCGGAAGAAACUGCAGCGCAUCAAGGAAAAACACUGACACACACUAGGUGUGUUUCUUAUGCUUGUCAAACUGCUUGUAAAUGUUUUUAAAUAAUUACCGGUAAUGCAUU